GCAUUUGGUUUCUGUGACAUAAAUGCCCUCUCACUCCCUCCCUUACUUUCUCUCUCUUCUUUAGUAGUCCAACUUUCAUGAUUCAUCUUCUCCGAUUUUCUCUCUCUAAGAAGUAAAAACCCUGCACUUCUCUGUAGAGAGGCAAGGCCUGGUUUCACACAUACCGGUUCGAUCUUACCAAAGCUUUUUUUUAGAGAGAGAAAGGGCUUCGGUUUCGUCGCCGAGUUCAAAUUUCUUUUACUUCGUGAAUAACUAGAAAGGGACAAAAGCCCGGCGUUAACAACAAGAGAACCUCAAACUUCACCUAUUUUUAAUGGAACUUUAGGAGAAACCCUAAUCACGAGACUGAUUCGUUGCAGAGGCUUUCAUUUGCCGUUACUUCUGCAAUUUCUUGCAACGAGUCUACAAUGGCUGCUGCAACUGCUUCAGGGCUUCAAAUUGCUAGGGUUAGGCCUUAUGUCCCUUCUAGAGGUUUCAGCAAAGCCAGAGCAGGAGCUGCUCUUGUUGAUUCCAAAAGAAUAACUCACAGUGAGCUUAGAAGCUCGGAAUUUGUCUCAUCAGUGCGUCCAUUUUAUCAAAGCAUCAGAACACAGGCUUCCCGAUCAGUUAAAGCUGUGACGAAGGCUAUGUCUGGCAUGAGCGACAAUGGAGCAGCUUCGGGUUUAAGCAUUGAUCUGAGAGGGAAAAAAGCCUUUAUUGCUGGAGUGGCUGAUGAUAAUGGUUAUGGUUGGGCAAUAGCAAAAUGCCUAGCUGCUGCUGGUGCUGAGAUCAUUAUUGGCACCUGGGUACCGGUAAUGAAAAUCUUUGAAACUAGCUUUAAACGAGGGAAGUUUGAUGAAUCACGUGUGUUACCGAAUGGUUCUCUGAUGGAGAUAACCAAGGUCUAUCCAUUAGAUGCAGCCUUUGACAAUCUUGAGGAUGUUCCUGAAGAUGUAAAAUCAAACAAAAGAUAUGCUGGAUUCUCAAACUGGACUGUUCAGGAAGUAGCUGAACUCGUUAAACAAGAUUUUGGGAGUAUUGAUAUCCUUGUCCAUUCACUUGCCAAUGGACCAGAGGUUAGCAAACCACUGUUGGAGACAUCGAGGAAAGGAUAUCUAGCAGCCCUUUCUGCUUCAAGCUACUCCUUUGUUUCUCUGCUGAAAUACUUUUUGCCCAUCAUAAAGCCAGGCGGUUCUUCUAUAUCCCUCACUUACAUUGCUUCUGAAAGAAUCAUUCCUGGAUACGGUGGGGGUAUGAGUUCUGCAAAAGCCGCGCUUGAGAGUGAUACAAGAGUACUUGCAUUUGAAGCUGGAAGGCGCCGCAACAUUAGAGUAAACACAAUUUCUGCAGGUCCAUUGGGAAGUCGUGCUGCAAAAGCCAUCGGAUUCAUUGACAGGAUGAUUGAGUACUCUGCAGUAAAUGCCCCAUUGCAGAAAGAGUUAUUCGCAGAUGAGGUUGGAAAUGCUGCUGCUUUCUUGGUAUCGCCCUUGGCCUCAGCCAUUACAGGUACAGUCACAUACGUCGACAAUGGGUUACAUGCUAUGGGAGUUGGGAUCGAUAGCCCUGUUUUUGCAGAGCUUGCCAUACCCAAGGCCGAAACAUCCAAGGUCCCAGCCUAAAACUACAGUGUUUUUUCUUUUUUUCUCCUACUUUGUGUUUGAACAAUGCCAUUUUUGUUUUAUCUUGAUUUAUUUGGUUAUUGUGAGGGAUAACUUGGAUCAAUAUCAGUUAGAGAAAUUGUAGGUUUCCUAAGGAUAAUAAAUGGGGCUUUAGUGAUAUGUUGGCCGGUUCGCCUUCAAAGUAAGCUAUGAGGGGUGCCUUUAUUUUGUUACUAUUUUUGGAAAUUUGACUUUAUUUUUACAAGCAUAGAAAAGAUGUGGACGAGAUACUUUUUCAUAUAACAAUGUAAAAGGAAAUAUAUAUAACAAGGCCAUUUACUUUCAA